AUGCCUCUCAGUGCACGAGGGGCAUCCAUGGAUAAUCCAUCCACAGUGGAACCGUCUUUGUUCAAUAAUGUCGCAUGCGGCCCCCUUGAGGCUCAUCAGGGGGUCCCUGCGGCCCCCGCUGUGGUUCCGCUAGGGGGUCUUGACGAACACCCACAUACCUCUGGGGUAUUGGGGGGCCCCUUUGACUCUCUGGCGAGGAUAUCUGCGUGUAGCUUGAAUCAAUGGGCCCUAGACUUCGAUGGAAACUAUCGCCGCAUAGCAGAGAGCAUCUGCAUGGCUAAGCGACAGGGGUCAAAAUUUAGAGUUGGCCCGGAACUCGAGACUUGCGGCUACGGCUGCGAGGAUCAUUUCCUGGAAGAAGACACAGAACGGCAUUCCUGGGAGUUGAUCGCAAAGCUUUUGUCGUCAAGUCUAACAGAUGGAAUACUCGUGGAAGUGGGGGCCCCUGUACUCUUCCAAGGAACGCAGCUGGUGGAUGAGGGAGGGUACAGAGAGAGUCGAUAUUUUUCUGCGUGGAAGGGGGGCCCUCUACAGCAAUUGCAGCUUCAUGAAACUGUUGUAAACACGACUGGACAACAGACUGCCCCUAUUGGCCUGGCCUUAUUGAAAUGCCGCGGUUCGCUCAUAGGCUUCGAGUGCUGCGAGGAGCUUUGGAGUCCAUUUCCCUCGCAUGCGGAGUCUUUUCUGCAGGGUGCAGACAUAGUUUCUAAUGGAAGCAGCAGCUACUUUCAAAUGGGUAAAUUUGUCAAAAGGAUGGAGCUUCUGCAGGAUGCGACGAGGCGUCAUGGGGGCGUAUACGUCUACUCUAAUCAGCACGGAUGUGAUGGAGGCCGGGUGGUCUUUGAUGGUGGAGUGGCCGUGUGCGUCUGUGGCACGUUCGCGGCCAUAGGGCCACGUCUGUUUCUCCAUGAAGUGUCUGUGCAAACUGUGACUGUAGAUCUUGCGUUGGUGAGGGCCCAUAGGCGCGCCAAUCCAACCAUUGGGAGGGCCUCUGCCUCUCUUGCGCCUUCUCAGCUGCUCCCGAUCAUAGCUGCAGAGAUUACCCUUUCUCCUGAGGCAACAGCGCUGCCGCGCAUGCUGCGGUACGAGGGCGUGCAACAUUCUUUCUUUGAGCCCGCUUCUUUUGGCAAUGCUCAACAAGUGACCUCUCAGGCGACGAUGCCCCCGCCACUGAGUCCAGAAGAGGAGACAGCCCGCGCUGCUUCUGUCUGGAUGUGGGAUUAUUUACGGCGAUCAGGCAUGCGAGGAUUCUUUGUUCCUCUCUCCGGGGGGGCCGACUCAGCGGCCGUUUUGGUGUUGCUGGCGUACAUGUGUCAUGCACUCAUUGAAACUGUGAGUCCGGUCGUGCAAGCCCCCACCGCUCUCGUGGGCUCCAAUCCAGGAGGCCCCCUAAGGCCUCUAUCCCCCGAGAACUCUCCGAGGCCUCUCUUUCUGCAGGAGCAGCUAGGGGAGGAUCUGGGGGGCCCUUUGGGCGUCCUACGAGACUUGGAGAAAGUUCUAGGACUGUCUGCCGGCUCGCCAGACUUCCCUCGGGAUGAGCAUCGCGGGCUGGAGUCCGCGCUUCGAGGCACAAGGGGGAAGCAGAGAAGAGGAUCUGGCGCUUCAGAAUAUCCAGGCUCGCAGUCGGAUGGUUCUGAGUUACUUGCUUGCCCAGUUGAUCGCCCACGGACGGCGCAAGGCCCUGGGCGGGAGGGGCCCCCGGGGGGGGGCCCUGCUAGUGGUAGGCACGGGCAAUGCAGAUGA